AUGCGGGCGCCACUCUGUCUGUUGCUGCUCGUCGCUCACGCCGCCAGCAUGAUCCCCCUGAACCGAAGGAAGAAGCAAGUGGGCACUGGUCUGGGGGGCAACUGCACGGGCUGCGUCAUCUGCUCGGAGGAGAACGGCUGUUCCACGUGCCAGCAGAGGCUGUUCCUGCUCAUCUGCCGGGACGGUAUCCGCCAGUUCGGCAAGUGCGUGCACGACUGUCCCUCCGGCUACUUCGGCGUCCGUGGCCAGGAGGUCAACAGGUGCAAAAAAUGUGGGCCCACGUGUGAGAGCUGCUUCAGCCAGGACUUCUGUAUCCAGUGCAAGAGACGGUUUUACCUGUACAAGGGGAAGUGUCUGCCCACCUGCCCGCUGGGCACUGCCGCCCAGCCCAGCACGCGGGAGUGCCAGGAAGAAUGUGAGUCGGGCCCCUGGGGCAGCUGGAGCCGCUGCACGCACAACGGGAAGACCUGCGGCUCGGCCUGGGGCCUGGAGACGCGUGUGAGGGAGGCCGGCCGGGCCGGGAGCGAGGAGGCAGCCACGUGUCGGGUGCUGUCCGAGUCGCGGAGGUGUCCCCUCCAGAGGCCCUGCCCAGCUGAGAGGAGCCCCAACCAGAAGAAGGGCCGCAGAGACCGGCGGCCACGCAAGGACAAGAAGCCUGACCACACGCCCGGCUUGAGGUCCCGCCAGUCCACGGCCGCCUGAGGAGCCCCAGAGGCCUGCAGGCCUGGUGCCCACGGCCCCAGUCCUGCCCUCCCGCCCCAACCACCGCCCACGCUGGGGCAGCUUUGCCCUGGUCCUUCCCUCUCCCCGCCUCUUCCUUGUGUCGGUCCACCUUUCCUGUUUUCUUUCUGAUAUUCCUUCCUUGUCCUCCCCCCCGCCCCCACGUCUAGUCCUCUCCUUUCUU